CAAGACAUUGGGUGUGGAGUUUGUGCUAGACAGACUCCAUAUUAUUGCGUUCUUCCAACGUGCGCACGUCAUGCACUUCAUGCGCUUGAGCUUUUUCAUGGCCUUGGGGCCUACACUUGGCCAAGGGCUUUGUCUCGACAACGCCGUGCCAGAGAGUGAGCGUGCCUUCAUCCAGGAUGGUGGGGGCAACAACAUCAAGAUUGGAAUUUUUGAGGGCAACUGGCCAUCUGCAGGACUGUUGUCGGAACUCAUCAAGCUGCUGAUGGAGGAGGUGUUGGGCUUUCACUCCGAGAUUCACGAAAAGCUUGGUGCCAGCGGGGCCUCUCCCAUUUGGGCAUUGGCUGGAUGCCGCGAUUUCGAUGCUGCCCAAUAUGAUCAGAAACAAUGUGGGGAGUCGGAGACCGUGAUGCAUGUGAGUUUGGAUUCCUGGAUUGGAAGCUACAGCAGUCUUUAUGCUCAAAUGCGCAAAGACCAUCCAACCACUGCUCCCUUGGAUUUGGGCUCCAUGGGCUACAGUGGCGAAGAGUCGGUCUAUGUGCAGACUUACAUCCUGGACGAAGCCUACCGCAGCGAUGGUUUGGCCCUUGACUUCUACAAGAGUUUCCUCGCUGAAGAUCUCCCCAGUCCGGCCACGUCCGCCGUGCUUGGAACAGCAGGCUACGAUGUCACGCACCACAACGCCAAGAAGCAUUUCUCCUCCAUCCAUGCCAUCCCUUUGAAUGAGAUGGCUCGAUGCAAUGAAACGGAUUUCUCCACCAAUGCCAGGAUGUAUGACUUCGUGAGAUUUUCCAACGACUAUGACGGGAUGGUGCGCCAAGAUGAUGGCACCUAUGUUGCGAAGUGCCCAGACGGGCACUGGUGGCCGGCCCCAGCCUGUCGCUCGAACCACUCGGAAUGCAUCCCGCUCUUCACUGCGGGCAAUGGCUGGAAGUUGCAGGCGAUCAUGCAAUGGACGGUGGCUUAUGGCAUGCCAGUGGCUGUGGGCAUCUCAAGCACUUGGGGCAAUUAUGUGAAGCACUCCCGUGAACAGCGUGCUUUGCACUAUUGGUGGGUGCCCGAUUCCACCUUCAUCGAGCUGAAGCCAGAGCCCAUCGUUUUUCCUCGCCAUUCCGCAUUGGAGUGGAGCAAAGGAGACAAGAAGACCAGUGCGGUCGGAUCCUACGUGGCGAAAAUGGUCAGCUCCAACCUCGCAUCAAAGGCUCGCAGCGUUCAGGACUUCAUCUCCCAGAUGACCUUCGAGCUUUCAGAGAUCAUGGACCUGCUGUUGCAGGUGACCCAAGAGGGUCGCUACAAUGUCUCCUGCAACUGGGCCCGGAACAAUGUGGAGCGAUGGACUGCCUGGGUGCCGGUGAGAACCAAUUGCUAUGCGGGCUUUGGGCUGGCCAAUGAUGAAGGAGUGCAUGUGACUCAACGAGCCGAUGCCACGCAGUGUGUGGUUUGUCCUGAGGGCACCUUCUCGGAAGAGAUCUUGGAUGAGACAGGGAAGACUUACCGUUGCAGUGCCUGUCCCAGCGGCACCUAUCAAGACAAGAUCUUCUCGAGCUCAUGCAAGCCAUGCGCACGUGGCAGCUACAGCGACACUCCUGGCGGUAAACUCUGCAAACACUGUGAUGUGGGGUUCUACCAGGCCUUGGAAAAGCAAACGACUUGCAGCGCAUGCCCAGCGGAUCGCACCACACGCUUGCUGGCGGCCACUGGGGAGCAAGAAUGUGUAUGCAAAGCCACGCUGAUCGAAAAGGAUGGACAGUGUAUCCCUUGUGAUGAGGAGAGCUUGUGGUGCCCUGUGGGUAGCACAAUCGAGAAGUUGAACAGUGCCAAUGGAACCGAUGAUGCCAACGGUCCCUACGUGAAGGAACACUAUUUUACCUAUGCCUCCGACCCGCUUGAAGCCUACAAAUGUCGCAAUUCGUUGUGUCCUGGCGGAGCACCUGAGAGCUGCUCCGGUGGACGAGAGGGUCUCACGUGUGAGCGCUGUCCGUUGGGCCAGUUUGCCUCCACAGGGCCCUGCAGCGAGUGUGGCGACUGGCUCGCUGUCCUGUGGGUGCUCGGCCUCGUGCUCUUGGCCGUGCUCGUCGUGGGCUCUUACUACGUCUUCUCGCCGCGCUACGUGGCCAAAGCCUCACCCAUCUUCCGCGCGCAGUGCAGCGGCGACAUCGCCGUGAUGGUGCUCCAGAACGUGGGUGUGGUGCAAGUGGCAUGGACUUCAUCACAAUCCUUGGAGGUCUUGGGCUUCACCUCUCUCUUCGUCUUGGACCUCAAGGGCGCAGGCAUCAGCUGCUUGUUUCCAUCCCCUGCGGGGCAAUAUGCUGGCGUCGUGCUGGUGUGGCCUGUGGUCUUGUGCACGAUCCUGCUUGCCAAUCUUUGCUCCCGAAUUCCCUGUGGACGAUACAAUCUCUCCUGGGACAACGUCCGCACGGUGGGGAUGGCGGGCAAAUUCAUGCAGAUCGGCUUCACCUCGAUGACCAACAUCGGCCUCAUGCCAUUUGUUUGCUUUAUGCACCCCAACGGAGCGUUCAGCAUGUUGACGCACGGGGACAUCCUGUGUGGUUCUGCCGAACAUACCCUCAUGCAGAUCUGUGGCGGCUGCAUUCUCGUCCUCGCCUUCCUCUUCCUGUCCGCUUGCAUGGUGUUUACGUUGCUCGCUCCACACUGGUCCAGCAGCGAUGGCACUCGGAAGACCUUGGGCCUGGUGAACUUUCUGAUUCGACGCUUUCAGCCCAAUGCUUGGUGGUUCGGCUGCUUCCUCCUGGCCAGAGGACCCUUGCUGUCCUUGCCAACCAUCAUCGCGCCCGAUUCGGCGAUCAUGCAGCUCUCGAUGAUGCUCAUGGUGCUGGUGUUCUCCUUAUGCGUGCAGGCGACCGUGCAGCCGUGGCAAACCCCGUGGCUCAAUAUGGCCGACACCAUCUCGGUGGCAGUCUUGCUGUGCCUCCUGGCCGUCUCCAUGGGAUGCAACGAGAUCCAAUGCGAUGACUCCGUCAAACACCUUUCCGUGGCCCUGGGGAUCUUCUUGCUCGUGCUGCUGUCCUUCUUCUUCCUCUUGGCCUGGAUUGGAGCGAUCUACAGUAAGGUCACCGGACGUGACCUGGAGUUCCUCAACCUCGCCAAGCCGAUCGAGCCCGAGGGACUCGCGGAGGGCUUCCAAAACAUCGCCCAGAAAGUCCGUGCGCAGGAGCACGAUCAACUUGGCAAAGCCAUGUCGGACCUGUGCUACUACGACCUUCACAGUGUGAAACUGGCAAUCCAAGCGCUCCACGAGGCGUGGAACGUCAAUCCGAGCGAGAAGUGCCGCCAGACGUUGUCCGGGCGGCGCAUUUGCUCCAGCGCCUCCAUAGAAGACCUCGACGACCUCGACAAGGACAAACCGCUCGGAGAAGAUGCACCCAGGCCGCCAGCGGACGACACCGAUGACCCAACUUUCUCUGGGGAACUGGAAGGCAAUCAAGUUGAACUUAUGGUCCCAGAGCUCGAAGAGCAGAAGGAGGGCAUGCCUCCAGCUGCUGUGGUCAGUCAUGCACUCUGAGAUGGCACUGUGUCGUUCGUGCGGACGAAAGUCUAGGCUGUUGGGCCCGGACUCUUCCGCAUUGGAUGCAACCACGUGGAGGUCGUGUCGUUAAUGUUUGACCUCAAAGUGAUUGCUGCAAUCGCUUGAUACAUCUGUUCCGGAAGGAAUCACGAGACGCGCGAAGAAACGCGGGGUUUGGGG